UCUUUUCUCUCCCACUCACACACCUCACUCUCUUUCUCUCUCUACGCCCCUUCCCCCCUCCUCCCGCCUUCUCCCAUGGCACUCCGCCGGACAACCGCUUCUGGGCUUCUCUGCAACUCCCCUCAUGGACGCCCGUAGGAUCGCAUUUUUGAUCUCUUCCUCCUUGUCUCCUCUAGUAUUAUUGGAUAAACAGAGCUGAGGUGCCCCAAUGGCAGACCUUUUUCGCGAUUGGCGUUUGAUGAUUGUCUUCUUCGUCUCGCUUCUGAUACUGAGUGUGCGAGUCAGUACGGAGCCGACUCGGGACAAGCAAGCCCUCCUUGCCUUCAUCUCUCAGACCCCACACGCGAAUCGGGUCCAAUGGAACGCUUCCGACUCCGCCUGCAACUGGUUUGGGGUCCAAUGCGACUCUUCUCGUUCCUUCGUCUUUUCUCUCCGUCUUCCAGGCGUCGGCCUUUUGGGCGGGAUUCCUCCUAACACAAUCGGUCGUCUCACUCAGCUACGAGUCCUCAGUCUCCGCUCGAAUGCUCUCGACGGCGAGAUCCCCGCCGAUUUCUCCAAUUUGACGUUGCUCCGUAACGUUUACCUCCAGGACAACCAGCUCUCCGGUGAGUUUCCUACGUCUCUGACUCAGUUGGGUCGUUUGACGCGCUUGGAUCUCUCGUCCAACAACUUUACGGGUCCAAUCCCUUUCUCAAUCAACAACUUGACCCACUUGACCGGUCUAUUUUUGCAAAACAAUAGAUUCUCGGGCAAUCUACCCAGCAUAAGUGCCAAAUUGGUUGGCUUCAACGUUUCUUAUAAUCAGCUUAAUGGUUCGAUCCCCAAGUCUCUCUCCAAUUUCCCUGCAUCCUCAUUUGCCGGAAACUUAGAUCUCUGCGGAGGACCAUUGUCGCCAUGCACCCCAUUCUUCCCGUCUCCGUCCCCGUCGCCUUCCGCCCCCGUCGUGCCCUCUUCCCCUGCUCAGAAAAAGUCCAAGAAGCUCUCAAAAGGCGCCAUUAUCGCAAUCGCAGUCGGGUGUUCUGCCGCGGCCCUGCUACUCCUCCUACUGCUUCUGCUGCUAUGCCUUGGGAAACGCCGCAGAAGCCAGCCAGCGAAAUCGCCAAAGCCCGUGGCUGCGACACGUGCCGUGCCGGCUGAGGCUGGAACAUCGUCCUCAAAAGACGACAUCACCGGCGGGUCCGUGGAGGCGGAGAGGAACAAGCUGGUGUUCUUCGAAGGCGGGAUAUACAGCUUCGAUUUGGAAGAUCUGCUGAGAGCUUCCGCUGAAGUUCUGGGCAAAGGAAGCGUGGGAACAUCCUACAAGGCCGUGCUGGAAGAAGGAACCACGGUGGUGGUGAAGAGAUUAAAAGACGUGGCCGUAACAAAGAAAGACUUCGAUGCUCAGAUGGAGGUUCUGGGCAAGAUUAAACACGAUAAUGUGGUUCCUCUCAGAGCUUACUAUUACUCCAAAGACGAGAAAUUGCUCGUCUACGAUUACCUCGCAUCCGGCAGCCUGUCUGCUCUGCUUCACGGGAGCAGAGGGUCAGGGAGGACGCCCCUUGACUGGGAUGGCCGAAUGAGAAUAGCGCUGGGUGCCGCCAGGGGGUUGCUUCACCUACACGUGUCAGGAAAAGUGGUCCACGGCAACAUAAAAGCCUCCAACAUCCUCCUCCACGACAACGAAGCCUGCGUUUCGGACUUCGGCCUCAACCCGUUGUUCGCCAACACCACUCCUUCCAACCGGGUCGCGGGCUACCGGGCCCCCGAGGUCGUGGAGACCCGGAAGGUCACCUUCAAAUCCGACGUGUACAGUCUUGGCGUGUUGCUGCUGGAGCUCCUCACCGGGAAGGCGCCGAACCAGGCGUCGCUGGGCGAGGAGGGGAUCGACCUCCCGAGAUGGGUCCAGUCGGUGGUCCGGGAAGAAUGGACGGCGGAGGUGUUCGACGCGGAGCUCAUGAGGUACCACAAUAUAGAGGAAGAGAUGGUUCAGUUGUUGCAGAUAGCCAUGGCGUGCGUGUCGGUGGUUCCCGAUCAGAGACCCGCGAUGCAGGAGGUGGUUCGGAUGAUGGAGGAGAUCAACAGGAGCGAGACCGACGAGGGGUUGCGGCAGUCGUCGGACGAUCCGUCGAAGGGAUCGGACGGUCAAACGCCGCCGGCGGAGUCGAGGACUCCGCCGAGAUCAAUCACGCCAUGAGCAAACAAGAAAGAAAAAUAGGAAGAUUUUUUUUUUUUUGGGUGGGUUGGGGGGAAGAAAAAGAAAAAAGAGAAAAGAGAAAGAGGACAAAAGGGUAGGGUUGUGAGGAAGUGGAGGAAGAAGGUGAUAUGCCGUUGGGGAGUGUGGCUGGGGGGGUACCACGGUGGCUUGAGACGCGUAUUUGUAUUUCUUUGUUUAUUUCCUUGAUUUUUAAUUUCAAUUUUUAUUGAUUUUUAUAGGUGGUGGGAUGUGGGGUGAAGUUUGAACUGUGGAUGAAGGGGUGGCGAUUAAGAAGCUCCCAUGAAUUUAAGGACAUUUCACUAUUUGUUUAAUUUUUCUGUUAAGCAAAUUGCUUUUAUUGUGCCCCAAAAAAUUUCUUUCA